AUGUCACCAAAGGAAACAAACCAAACUGCACCAAUUAAAAAUAACAGCAACUCAAGCGAAUCAGGCAUAUACAGCUGCAACAAUAAUCGAGCAAACAGCAUCUCAUCGGACAGCGACGAUUCCGAUCACGACUUCGAAGAAGAAGAAAUAAUAGUCGAGCAACAAAAGUUUCAAGAAUUCUCUCGAGACUUUGACCCUUUGACGCCACCACAAUUCUUUGAGUAUCUGCGCGAGCUUGUAAUCCCAAUUCUGGAACUACAACAUCAAAUACGAGCGCUUGCAUGGAUGGCAGAUAAUCCAGAUGAGAAUUCUAUUGAUGAUUUGUUUAUGCAAGAAGUUCAAGUAAACAGUCUUUUUCGAAAUAUUUUUAUACAAAAUGAUUGUAGUAAAGCUUUUCAGGUUCUGUUACAGCGUUGGAAGUUGUGUCGUGACUUAAGAGAGGAGAUUGAAUCGAUUUCAAGAAUUUACACGUUACAUGACGUUAAUCAAUUGGCUUAUUACGGCUUAUCGUUAUCGUUAUUGAUUGAUUCAUUGGAUAAUGAUAUCAGUGAUAACUGGCGAAUUGAUGCACCAUAA